CAAAUUCCUCGUAACACCAUCGCAGACUUCACCAUGAAACAGUUCCGCGCUUCCAUCAAGACUUACUUCGUGCUGCGUCGCCGUCAGGGAGCCCUGCUGGCGUGGAUAUUCCUUGUCCUGUCCGUCUACCUGAUCGUGGUCGCUGCUUCUUCUUCUUCUUCUUCGUCCUAUUCCGAGAAAUACCGAAACGAGCAGAAUUCCGAAGCCUCUCCGAGGAAGGUAUCAGUCGACGGCGACGUCGAGAUUCGAGCGGGCAUGAAUGAAAGUGUAGUACUAGCGGAUCAUCCUCUCAAGAAUCAUUACUACUCUCGAGGAAAACCAGUAGAAUUGAAUGGCGUUUCUCAACAAAGCGAGGAUCCACCGAAAGUCUCGACUGAUACGUCCUUUGUGUUGGCGAAUUUGGCGUCGUCCUCUUCUGGGCAGCCCACGGAUCGGAGGAUGGCUUAGAGACGUCCUCCUGUUGCCAACUCGUCAGCCCCCUCACAAGCAAUGACGUCAUCGAGCGCCUGACUGAGAAGGGCUUGCUCCACGAUCGGGAAAGCCAAACUCCCUGCGGGAUUCGAUCAGACUCUCUCUCAUCUAAAAGACUCAUUAGUUCCUCGUUGGACGAGUGGGUUGCGUGCUCGCCUACCGAUUCGCAAGUCGCGAGUUCGAUUCUCCACCCUGCCAACGUGGAAUCGGGGGAAUUUAUUUCUGGUGAUUAGAAAUUUGUUUCUCUAUAUAAUGUGGUUCGGGUCCCACAGUUAGCUGUAGUAGGUCUCGUUGCUUGGUAACCAAUUGGUUUCUAGCCAGGUAAAAAUAAAUGUCCAAUCCUUGGGGCCAGCCCCAGGAGAGCUGUUAACCAGCUCAGUGGUCUGGUUAAACUAAGAUGUACUUAACUCAAAGACUCAGCCACGGUGUUCAGACUUCCACACGAGAAA